AUGGGUGUCUGUGAAAACCAAGUCUAUCCGCCUGCAAGCGUGCCCACGCGAGUAGCUUACUUGACUUACAAGAACUUACAAACCAACUUACACCAUUGCCAGUAUGGCGUCCAAGAAGUGGACGGAACACCCGCCGAUUGCCACGAAGUGCCAGCAGACGCUGUUGCCGUGGGCAGCCCUGAGGCGCAGAAGUACCGUCCCGAGGUCCUCUCCAGCUGCGUGUGCACGCCUGGGACACAUUGUCAGCGUGUCAUCGCCAAUGCCGGAGUUUGGGCCAGUCCAAGUCCAGGCUGGGCUGCUGAGCUUUGGGGCUGUCUGGGUAGCUAUGGCGGGAGCCAUCACGGCGCCAUGGAACUUUCGGUGCUGAGUAGGAAUUAUACGCUCAUCCGCUUCUUCAUUGGUUGCGUGGGCGCAACUUUCGUUACGAAUCAGUUUUGGUGCUCUUUGAUGUUUGCUCCAAAUGUCGUUGGCACUGCCAACGCUACAGCCGCCGGCUGGGGCAACUUGGGCGGUGGCGUGACGCAGAUCUUCAUGAUGUCCGUGCUUUUUACUCCAAUGGUGAACGCCGGUCUGGAUCACAAUACUGCGUGGAGAGUGGCAAUGCUGGUCCCCGCAGUCGUCUUCCUGCUGUGCGCCUUGGCCUUGAAGCUCUGUUGCUGGGAUACGCCGACCUGCAAGCGCUUCGAUGUGACAGUCAUAGGCAAGACCAAGAAGCCCUCGUUACGGGACUACGUAGAAGUGCUGAAGGACGUCCGUGUUGUCAUCAUGAUCUUUCAGUACUCGGCGUUCCUAGCGCUGGUCUUCGAGGCGAUCUUCCUGUUCGCUUUUGGGAGGGUGGACCACUCCCAGCCGUGGUAUGUGGCCUUGGGUGUGUUGGUGUGUUUCUCAUUGUUUGUGCAGAUGGCUGAGGGGACAAGCUACGGAAUUGUCCCAUUCAUGAAGCCAGAUCAGCUUGCAGUGGUGUCCGCUGUGGUGGGAGCUGGCGGCAACCUCGGCGCCGUCAUUGCCGGAGUUGGCUUCUAUCAGCCCAUUCACGACGCUCUACUUCCUUUCCAAGUUCAUGCGGGCUACGUGCUGUUUUGGGCACUCUUGAGCCCUUUUUAUUACUGGCCCGACAAGGGCGGCAUGUUCCAAGCGCCGAAGGCAUUGCCGGCGGCUUCGAAGUCCGGCAUACCAAGCUCUGAAGAGACUGCGUCCACUGUGGCCACCUGCGCAGACGUCAUCGGAGCUGUUGUGCCCGUUGGCGCCGUUGAGAGUCAGUCCUCGAAGAGCACGCCGCGAGCAGCUGAGCGUGGAGGGUUGUGCAUGUGUGCCAAGUCCCUUUGUAGGUUGUAG